GAGGAGCCUGUGGGGUGUGGGACUUCAGACAAAGGAGACAUAAACACGCUGACACUGGAUCACUGGAGCAAAAAAGAGAGGGAGACGAUCCCUAAUUCUUGGACUACUUUUGCUGUAUUCUGGGAAAAACUUUUAAAAAGGGGAUUUCGGUGUGUUUGUAUGGAUUGGUUUGUGAACUGAGAGAUGUUUGUUUUGGAGCAGUGGUGGCCAUAUGUUGCCCAAAGUGUGUAGAAGUGUGUGUCUGUUUGGGAUGGAAAAGUGGGGCUGGCACAAUCAACAUUUCUGCUCUUAGCUUCACGCCAUGGGGGGGUGCCAUAGUUACCCCUCGGCUAGAGAAGCAGACAGGAAGGCGCUUCAGCCUUCUGACAUCAGCAAUCAAAAACUGGGAAUUAACAACAAUAAUCAGGAAGGGCGUCCAUAUCUGCUGCAGCAGUAUGUGUGUCAGCAGAUCACACAUGCAGACAUGUAUGCCCUCACAGCGCUGCCGCCUGGUGUCGACAAGGCAGAGUGGCUUGCCAGCAACACUGUGGCAUUUUUCAAGCAUAUAAACCUGUUCUCCAGUGCGCUAUCAGAGUUCUGCACUCCCAGUACUUGCCCAACUGCCUGUGGACCAGGCAACGCGGUUUAUGUUUGGACUGACGACCAUGGCAGGAAGCUGAAGUGCUCUGCUCCACUUUACUUUGACUACGCCAUGUCAUACAUUCAGGACUUGCUGACUGAUGAAGACGUCUUCCCCACAAAAGCAGGUGCAGCGUUUCCAACAGGCUUCGUGUUUCUAGUCCAGAAGGUGUUUCUGUUGCUGUUCAGGACUCUGGCUCACAUUUAUUGGUCUCACUACAGUGAGACCCUCCUGCUCGGCCUGCACCCACACCUCAACACACUUUUCAUGCACCUCACACUCUUCUGCCGGCAGCAUGCGCUGCUGGAUCCAGAAGACACUGAGCCACUGCAGGACCUUAUCACAGCUUUGGGACAGCAAGGCAGAACUUAAAGGGCAACCACAGAUAUUGUAUAAUCACAUUAUUACACGCUUAUUUAUUUCUUACAGCUGAUUGUCUCUCACCACUCCGGGCCAAACCUAAAUUAUUCCCCCAGUAUAGAUUUUUAAAGAAAGCUCUGUAAGGAGAACAAGACAAACAAAAUACUGACAAAGAGCAUCCUGCUCCUGUUGUGUAUAGCUGUAAUCAUUGAAUUGUAUGACUAUUGCAUGUUUGUGUUUUUUAACAUAAUGGUGCAUUUUAUUUUGAUGAGGUCAAGAUCUUCAAGGUCAUCCAUGUUUUCCUCAUAGUAAAAAGACAGAUCCCAUUAGCCAAACAAAUCCAGGUAGUGCCAUCAUUAUAUUUUGUACAUAGUGCAAAAAUUGUUGCCAAUGCUGCAUCUGUAUCUCCAUGUAUUAUACAGUACUUUGUCUUAAAUAUUUGUGAGAUUUUGCCUGCAUGGUGGAACUAAAAAAUAUGAAUACAUUUUUUUGAGAAAUUACUGAAUACAAGAAUUUGGGAAACAGUUAAAGGCAGGCGGGACUUUGUGUUUGAUCCUGAGGUAACUGUUGGUGCGGUUUAUUAGCAUGUUUUCAGGUCUUUGGUUUAUCAUCAGCACCACCUGUUGUGAGCAAUGGAAUCUAGUGUGCAUCACAUUUUAGCUGCAACAUCUGUAAAUGUUUGUUUACAUAUUGGAUUUAUGAUUAAACUGACUUAUGAGAGUAAAGUGAUAAUUUGCAUCUUUAAUGUAAAGGUGUGUAAAAAAAAUCUUCCUCUUGAAAAUGCAAAUGUCUUGCCCCUGCUACAUCCUCAAGUUCUUGUUUUUAGUAUGAUUAAAGUGCCAACGACAUACAGAAUACCUUCAAGUCAAUCAGAUCACCUUCUGGAUUGGUAUAUUCAAUCAAGAAAAAAAAAAAUCACAAGUUGAAUAUAUGCAGGGAACUGGUUCAGUCAGGCAACUCAAGCUAUGCUGCAUCAUAUAAGCCUAAAAGGCUUUACUCUCUUCACCAAAAACACCCUCCCAGUUUGACAGUCUAAGGUGUUGCAAACAGGUACAGGGUGUGCCCUCUAACGUAUCUCUUAUUUCAACUCCCCCACUCUGUAGACUCAUCACUCCCCAACUUCUGUGUUCAAACUCCAACCAUAUUGUUUUGUUGUAAUGACGCCUUUCAAAUGUGAAUUGUCUAACUGAAAGCAAGAAUCUAGGUUUACUAUGAUUUACACAGCUUACAUGUGACUUCAUUUACUGUAUAAUUGUGUCCAAUGAAUAAUGCUCACAACUUUAAUUAGAAAUUUUUACAGACAAUGUCCUCCUCACUACAUAGCCUGACUGAAAUCAUGUUUUCAGUUUUUUCUCUGUUAUUCGAUGAAAGCUCACCUACAUUUGUGAUGAAACUUUGUUCUUUUUUUAACAUGCCAGUGUCCUAAAAGAAAGAAAAAACUAUUCCACCUCUUCAUAUUUGUACAAUUGUAACAACACUAGUUUAAGGAGUAAGCCUCUUGCUGACUGACUGCAUGUGUCAGCGUGAAUUCAGGUAGUUUGGGCAGGCUGCAUCGGCAGUGCUCCGUUAGUUUCGGUCAUUUGUGGAUGAAGCUACGAAACAGAAAUCA